AUGCGAUCAGCCGAUAAAGAAGCGGCCAGUAAGGUUUUGACGCAGUUCUGUGUAAGCCAGGAUGAGGUCACGCUACUGGUGAGUGGCUCGUCUAAUCCGCGCUGGGUUACUGUGCCAAGGAAAUCUGUGCGUCUAUGUGGAGGAAAUGCUAUGGGCAUACUAUCGGAAGCAGCAGCUGGAGAGCUCCAGGAGGGAGAUCUCAUACUUGAAAUCGACGGGUAUAACGUGCGCGGGGCAACGCUGGAGGAGGCGACUGAGGCACUUCUUGAAAGCCUUUCUGAGAUGGCCGAACUACAUGUGGAGGAUGGUGAGUGGAAGGUUAUGUUACUUUUUUGGUAUUCAAGGGACUAG